UCUCUCUCUCUCUCUCUCUCUCUAACACACACACAAGUCAUCGUUUCCCACCCUUUAGGCACCACUUUCUCUGCACUGGCCUCAAGCUAAAUACCUCUUCAAUCUCCAUUAAUUUCACUGCACACACCUUCUGUGUCCUACAAACACUACUUAUAAUCACCCAUAUUCCUAUCUCUCUCUCUCUCUCUCUCUCUCUCUCUCUCUGUCUCUUCGAAGAGAGCUCUGAAAAAACCCAGGACAAAAAGGGUCCCUUUUUCAUCCUAUCCAGCCGCCAUGGUAACUGCUGAGAAGCUCAAAAUCCAUGUCAAGGACUCAACCACGGUGACCCCUGCAAAGUCCACACCCACCCAGAAGCUAUGGAACUCAAACUUGGACUUACUUGUGGGAAGAAUCCACUUACUGACUGUGUACUUUUACAGACCGAAUGGGUCUGUGAAUUUCUUCGAUGCUCGUGUGUUGAAGAAGGCUCUGAGCAAUGUUCUUGUCUCCUUCUACCCGAUGGCUGGGAGGCUUGGGAGAGACGACAAGGGUCGUAUUGAGGUAAAUUGUAAUGGACAGGGGGUGUUGUUUGUGGAGGCUGAAUCGGAUUCCGCUAUUGAUGACCUUGGUGACUUCACGCCGAGCUUGGAGCUCCGGCGGCUUAUUCCGGCGGUUGAUUACUCCGGCGACAUCUCUUCCUAUCCUCUGGUGAUCUUACAGGUAACGUACUUCAAGUGUGGAGGUGUCUCUAUAGGAACAGGGGUGCACCAUACUCUCUCUGAUGGUGCUUCCUCCCUCCAUUUCAUCAACACAUGGUCCGACAUAGCACGCGGCCUCUCCAUCGCUAUCCCACCGUUCAUUGACCGGACCCUUCUCUGUGCUCGGAAUCCGCCCUGCCCUUCCUUCGACCACCUCGAAUACCACCCACCGCCUUCCCUAACCACCCCAAUCGAAACCCCAGAAUUACAAUCAGGUCCUAAGGCCGUUACGACAGCCAUCCUCAAUAUCACACUUGAUCAGCUCAACAAACUCAAAGCCAAGUCCAGAACUGAUGCAAACACAAAAGACUACAGCAGCUAUGCUAUUCUAGCAGCACACAUAUGGCGCUGCGCCUGCAAGGCACGGGGCCUCUCGGAACAGCAAAUGACCAAGCUGUUCACGGCCACGGAUGGGCGGUCCAGGUUGUGUCCACCACUCCCACCAGGCUACCUAGGCAAUGUGAUCUUCACUGCCACGCCCAUUGCCCUCUCCGGUGAUCUUCAAUCCGAGCCAUUAUCAACCUCUGCCAAGAGAAUUCACAAUGCCUUGACAAAGAUGGACAAUGAAUACUCGAGAUCAGCUCUCGACUACCUCGAGGUGCAGCCUGAUCUAGCAGCUCUCGUUAGAGGGCCGCAGUAUUUCGCUAGCCCUAAUCUCAACAUCAACAGUUGGACUCGUCUGCCCGUGUAUGAUGCAGACUUCGGGUGGGGAAGACCCAUUUUCAUGGGACCGGCAACCAUCCUAUAUGAGGGCACGGUAUACAUAAUACCGAGCCCUACGACUGAUAGGAGCUUGUCGUUGGCCGUUUGCUUAGACGCCGGCCACAUGCCACUAUUCCAGAAGUUCUUGUAUGACUUCUGAAGAAGAAUGCCCCUUUAGUCUUUGUUUUUCAGGCUUUACAAGCCUUUUCUAUCUGUGUGAACAAUAAAGACAGUUCUUUGACUUCCAGAAUGUUUGAAAUAACAGUCCUAGCUUGGAAAAUGCUCAC